AUGUUGCGCGACCCUUGCUUCGAUCCCAGCGAGGUGCCGCGCUGGCGGUCUCGAAAUGCUGCGAACAAGUACGGGCUUGCACUGCUGACUGGGCAACGAGAGUACGUGAAGAAGGAGCUCCGGAUUGAGGGCUAUGAUCACACGUUUGAAGUCCUCUGCACCGAACCCGUGGCUGCGGUGCUGGAGCUGUUUGGGCACCCCGAUAAUGCGGAGGGGUUCCAGCUAUUUGCGCAGACUGUGAACUCCGGUGCUGGUCGGAUCUACAACACCCCUGCGAGUGCGACAUUCUGGGAAGAGGCUCAGGACUGGCUGAACAUACUGUUUGGGGAGGGACAGGUGGUUGCUCCAGUCAUCAUCUCGAGUGAUGCCACUGUGCUCAGUGGGAAUGACAGGAUCAAAGUGUGGGCUGUCUACAUAAGCCUUGCGAACAUCGCUCUACGCCGUCGCUGGCUUGACACUGGCCGGGUGCUGCUCGCGCUCCUGCCGAUGCCACCCUCAAACAUGACGGGGGAGCAGAAGAUGCAGCUGUUCCAGGAGUCCAUGAAGCUCGUGCUUGCCAACCUUAUUCUGGCCUCACACACGUAA